GUCCUGAGGAGUGAGCCACUGAAAGCUCAGCUGGGCUGAGCUGGCCUUCGGGAUAUCUAGGCUCCUUCUAGAGUGGGCCUGCCUUUUUCCAAGCAUUCUUCAUCCUUGACAACAGCUACAAACACCAUCAAAACGUUUUUGAUAGCUGAAGGUGCUUUACGUUGCCGAGGGAAUGGCUCUGCCACAAAGGAUCGUCUCUGCCUCUGAGAAGAUUUGCAUGGACUGGCAGCAGAGACAGAGAGCUGGAGCAGGGCUCUUCAACCUGGGCAAUACUUGCUAUGUCAAUGUUAUCCUGCAGUGCCUGACAUACACCCCUCCUCUGGCUAACUACCUGCUCUCCUCCAAGCACAGCCAGUCGUGCCAGCAGCAAGGUUUCUGCAUGAUGUGCACCAUGGAAGCGCACGUCAGGAAGGUCCUGUGCUCCUCAGCCAGUGCCAUCCUGCCUGGAGCUGUCCUCAGGGACCUCAAAUUCAUAGGAGAAGAGUUUGAAUACGGCAGGCAGGAGAACGCCUACGAGUUCCUGCGCUGCACUCUCAGCGCCAUGCACAGAGCUUGUCUCCGUGGAAGCAGCGACUUGGACGACUCUUCACAACAAACUACCAUUGUCCAUCAAAUAUUUGGGGGCUUCAUGAAAUAUACAGUCACGUGCUUGAGCUGCCAAGCAGUUGUUGCUUCCUACAAGGCCUUCCUGGAUGUCUCUUUGGAUAUCAGAGCAGCCUCAUCCCUCACCACAGUUCUGGAGGACUGUGUGACACCCAAGCAGCUGGAUCAGAAAGAGUGCUUCAGAUGUAGCAAGUGUAAGAAGAAAGCUGCUGCCUCCAAGAAAGCUACAGUCCAUCGUGCACCCAGAGUCCUCACACUGUGUCUGGAAAGGGCUGACCAAUGGACUGGCACAAAGAUCAGCAAGUUUGUGGAGUAUCCUGAGUACUUGGAUCUUCGGCCAUACAUGUCUGACACAUCUGGAGAACCCCUCCUCUGCUCCUUAUAUGCCAUCGUGGUUCACAGUGGGGACACCUGUCUUGAAGGACACUUCCUGUGCUACACAAAGGCCAGCAAUGGGCUGUGGUACAAGAUGGACGAUGAGUCUGUGGAUAACUGUGACAUCCACACAGUUCUAGGGCAGCAAGCCUACUUGCUGUUUUAUGCCAGGUGCUCGGAUUUGAAAAUGACAGGAAUGACAGUUUCCUCUCCAGCACCACAUGCCCAUGCCCAGCUCGGCCAGGGAGCAGCCAGCCAGCAGCAGGCAGGCUCUGCAGCACAGGCUCUGCCUGGCAGGAUUAAGGUGGAGCACAGGCAGAGGAACCGUGCCAGGGAGAGGGCCCGCAGCAGAUCCCCACAGCGGGGCACUGAUCUCUUCAGCUGGAUCAUGAACAGCACCAACAGCAAUUUAACAGGAAGGAGGAGGAAAAGAACCAGUCCUUUAAACCUUGAGAGUGUUCCCAGGAGUGCCACAGCUCCAGGGCCCUCCAACAGGAUCUGCCAGCAGGUGCCUGUACCAAGCCUUGCUUGGGUGCAAGCCUUGCCAGUUCAGAGAGAGCUGGGCAGAUCUUCAUGGCAGGACUAUGGUCUCUGGAGCCAGAUUGUGGAGAUCAUGAACUCUUACCAGUCAGUGUGGAGGUCUGAGCAUCCCAGAGAUGUAUAUCAGACAAACACAGCCUGGGUGAUGCAGCAGCACAGCAUCUGAAAUCAACAACAACCCACCUGUUUGGAAUCAACAAGCAGAAAAGCCAAAGCCAGAAUUAAAACCCCUUGUUGGCCUGUGGAGGACCAGAUCUAAGUAUGUUUUGUCUCAAACAUUCUGAUUAUUACAAUUGGAAAGGUCAUUGGAGGAGACAGUCCUGCAGAGGUGGGGCAGCACUGUGCUGAGCCAAAGUCCUGCUCUGCUUUGACACUCAUGCUCACUUCCCAGAAGAGGGCCAAAAGGGCUGGCUGUGCCUGCAUGAAGAAAGCAGCUCAAAAAGUUUAGUCAGUGUCAGAGGUAGGCAUCAAGGUAACUAUUAAAGGAAGCCAAUUGGCCCCCUUGGCUCUU